AUGGGUGGCUUCCCCAUCCUUACUGUUACUCACCCUGUCAUCCGUAUCAAGCUUCUGGCUGUGCAGGAGCUGGCUGACAGAGAAGCAUUGGAAAAGUUUUGUAUGGAGCUGAACCAGCCGACGCUGCCAAACAUCCGCAAGUGGAAGGGCCCUAGAGGAUGUUGGAAGGGUGUUGUUUCCGAAAAACCCUCAGGCCAGCUACACAAGGGAGUUGAAUAUUCUGGCUUCCUCUGGGAUACAACAGCUGGUAUUGAGCUGAAAGAUGCCUCAUCUCAGGAGACUGCACAGACUAAUGGCAACGGGAGGCAUUCAUAUCCUCAUCCGUAUCUUGCACAUUUCAAGGUUGGAAUGAAUGAUCUGACCAUGGUUAACCUUCACCUGGCCUUGCCACCCUCAGCAGGGGAGAACACCGGCAAGAACCACGACAGUCACAAACUGGCAGCCUGUGCGCAGAGUUUGCAGGAGACUCUGAAAGGAGAAAAAGAUGUAAUAAUCCUUGGAGAUUUUAACCAGGCCCCAGACAGCAGUGACCAUGACAUCCUGAGGAAGGAGAAGUUUCACCACCUGGUCCCUUCCAGCACCUUCACCAACAUCAGCACAAAGAACCCACAAGGGUCCAAGUCGCUGGAUAACAUCUGGAUCAGUCGGAGCUUGAAAAAGGUUUUCACAGGCCACUGGGCUGUUGUGCGAGAAGGGCUUACAAACCCAUGGAUCCCCGAUAACUGGUCCUGGGGCGGCGUGGCUUCAGAGCACUGCCCCGUGCUCGCUGAAUUUUACCUGGAAAAGGACUGGAGCAGGAAGGAGGUGACGCGGAACGGGAACGGCGUGACGGUUGAACGCAACGACUCCCACACUAAGCACGAACGAUGACGUGAACUUGAGGCUGUCUCUUCUGCCACCCAGGGAAGGCUCUGGUCACUCGCAGCUCCAAGGCAGAGCAGGACUGCCUUCCCCUCCCUCUCCUUCCUGCUCUCCUCCCUGCACCUAGAAAGCAUCAGCACUUGAUUUUGGUGGUCCUGGCUUUGUGCCCCUCGUGGACAGUUCUGGACGGAGUCUCAUGGCCACAGAACAAUCUGCAACUUUUUCCAGGGACACAGUGGACAUUUCCACACCUGGAGAUUUGGAUGAGAAUUGUACAGAAAAUAAAGUGUACUUUUAAUACUGGAAAA